AUGGUGCCUAUAGCUGAUGAAAAACUAAAACUCAAGAAGAAAUUUUUCAGACUAGCUCAACCUCCAAUCCUUUCUCCCAAUGAUCCAUACUGGAAUUUCCUCUGGAGUCAUACCUAUGACUCGGACGACAUCUUCCACAUCUUAACUGCCAAUGACAUCAAAUAUAUCAAAUCCAAGAACCCCAUCAAUUUUUACCUGUUCAUUAGAAUCGUAUCAGUAAGGCUAAUACAUUUGGCCAACCAUCCUGGCUUCCCCAAUACUAGUGAUGCCUCAACUAACCAACUUCUAAAUUGUUGUCGGUUAUUGACCAGAUUUUUCCCCUUCAUCUUCGAGGGUCCCAAAGCCAAUCGUCAAGAAAUGGAAAUUUUUUGGCAACGAAAUAACAAUGACAAUUAUCUCCCUGAAGAUUUGAAAUACCAUAAUACCACCAAUUCCAUGCUGUCUACGUCCCCCAAUACCGCAACAGUUGGCUCAAUCACCCCUCCAAAUUCUCUAUCCAAUAUGGUUAACGAUAGUGCCAGUAUGAAUGUCAAUAUCCACAAUUCCGACCAACUAUCGGAAACAAAUUCAAAAAAAGUAGUAAUCAAUGGAGAUGGAUCUUACAAGAAAUUCAAAUUACCAUUGGGGGCACAACUUGUGCAUGUUUGCAUAGAUCUAUUGUUUACUAAACAUUUUACAAUAAUGGAAGAGAACAUGCACUUAAAAGGCAGAGACUUUCAACUCUGGGAGCCUGGAAUUGGCCAGAAUGGGAAAUUUAAGGCUCCUGAAUUUCUUAUAGAUGCUAAUAGGUUGGAAAUUAUACGAUUACUAGUAGUCUUGUGUUCUAAGACCCUAUAUUCCUCUCCUCAAAAAAUCGUCGACAAUGGGUCCAAAUUUCUCACAGCCUUGGUGACUUCCCUACCCAAAAUGAAGUUAUUAGCCUUUAUUUGCUCAUUAUUAAAUAUCUCAAUCAGAGAGUGCUCCUUCUCGUCGUUUGAUAACCCAAUUAAUGAGCCACGUUACUUAUUAGCAACAUAUUCAGUCCAAUUAUUUGCGUUGACCCUAAGUUAUGCAAUCCCUAGUGAGGAUAUUGAUUUUGUGAAAAACCUAAAUAUUAUCAACCCAGGAUCAGAAAACUCUCAAAUAUUCCCUCCAAGUAAUUUAGUAAGAUUAUAUCUUUCAAAAUUACACAAGCCAAGCGAGUUACAAUACAUUAUCAAGAGUUAUUUGCAAUUUCUACAAAAACCAAUGAUUGAUUUAAAAAACACCUUAGAUUCACCAUCAAGGUUCAAUUUGCUUCUAAAAAGUUCAGAAGCUGCAGAUUUUCCAAAACUGAAGAAAAUCCCCUCUUGGACUGCAGAAGUCAUCAUGAUUUUAUGGGAAUUGAUCCAAUGCAACAAAAGUUUUGUGAAGUUUCUAGUCCUAGCAAAGAAUUCCAAAACUGAAGAAUUCUUUUCCAAUGAAAUUUUCGUUACAUUAUCAUAUUAUAUUUUUGCUUAUGAGAGCAGCUCGCAAAACCAAAGCACAAAGAGGAUUAUUAGCUAUCUCAUUUUAUAUAUGACGGCAGUGGCUCCCAUCUCCAAAAACUUAUUGAAAAGAAUCAAUUUAAAACUCUAUGAUUUGCUAAUUCCAAAAAGCCUCCUUCAAAAAUCCAUGAUUGAGAAUUCAAGCAUAGUUACUUAUAGAGACUUUGUUGUUUACAAAGUGAGCUGGAAGUUGGUAAAUGAUGUCAAUAUGUCCGCUGAUUUACUCACUCCUACAUAUUUCGAGUUGUUGUAUAACCUUGUUCCAAUAACAGUGGUCAAUAAUAACAAUGAAAAAAUUAAAAACGAUAUCAAUACCUUUGAUGAUGGGUUGUCUUAUAAUUGUUGUUCCACCUUGACUCAACUAAUUAUCAAGUUAAGUUCCCGGCUGACGUUAUUGGAAAACAAAAUGAAUCCAGAUUUGUUGAGCCUUUUGAUAAGAUCAGUUGUGAAUGCAAUAUUGUUCAAUAGGUAUCAUUUGGAUAAAGUGAAAAUGUUGGUAAUUUCAGCGGUAAAAAAUGAGAGAACUUACAGAAAUGUAUUGCAUCUAAUUUUGAGCAUGAUUGAUGAAAGCGAUGAGCUGGGACACGAAUCAACAAGGAAUGGGAAUGAUCAUGGCAAUGAUGAUAUUGAUAUGACUCUAGCUCAAGAAGAUAAUUUUCAUGAUUUAGAAUUAUAUCAGGCAUUUAGACCAGUUCAGCCAGUGGGAAUGUCUGAAAAAGCUAAAGGAAAACUACCAAUCAAUGCAUCUUUAUCUCAGACUUGGAAUGGAUCAAAAUGUAUCAAAAUUCUUUUAAGAUUCAUUGAAAUUAUGAAUGCUGCGAAUAUUUCUGGUCUCAAAAAUAAUACCGAUUCAUUUGAAACUCCAAAAAGUUUGAUGUCAAAGAUCAUUAUUCCCCAAAACAUGAACUCGGAAAUUAUGGGAAUUGACAAUGUAAAAACUUUUCUUGGAAACACCAGAACUUACAAACCGUUAAAGUUCAAUUGGUCAGCAGUAUCUUUAGGAUGGUAUCUUAGUGUAUUGUGGGGGAAAAUAUUUAUCACUGAGGAAGCAGUGCAUUUUGAGUUUGAAGAUGCCAGUGUCAAUGGCAGUGGGUUGUUGCCAAGUGGCCUAGUAUCUAGUCUCGAAGGUUUUUGGAUUGGUAAUGACAAUGGUAUGGUAUCUGAACAUGAUGGCAGCACUUCUAAUUUACCAACAUCAACCGUCGGACGGCUUUUCCUGAGAUUUGGUUGGGAAAAUAAACAAGACGGACUGAAGGAAAAUGGGGACGACUCUAUCUCCAAGAAGGCAAAUGAGCUGGAUCACUUACAAAAAGUCAUUAUGAAUACCAAUUUUUUCAAGCACACAAAGGUCACUUUAUUUAAAAUAAAGUCUGCAAACUCAGAAAAGUCAGUUAGGAACUUUAGUAUACCCCCUGUUGAUAAAGAUGGUCAUGAUCUUGAUGCCAAUAAUAUAUUUAGUUUAGAUAAUAUGACCAAUAAUCUUAUGAACCAUUUCUCGAUGUUAAGGGGAGCAAAUAUAUUGAAGACAACUGAAGAAACCAAGAAAUACAGAGAUGGUGAUUAG